AUGAGAAACCACAGUGCUGUCUCUGAGUUUGUCCUCCUUGGCCUGUCUGAUGACCUUUUGAUCGAGGCUCUGCUCUUCAUGAUAUUCCUGGCCAUUUAUCUCCUGACCAUACUGGGGAACCUGAUGAUGAUGCUGGUGGUCAGGACCGAUUCCCACCUCUGUACCCCUAUGUAUUUCUUCCUGGGACAGUUGUCCUUUCUGGAUCUCUGCCACUCUUCUGUCACUGUGCCUAAGCUCUUGGAAAACCUCUUAUCGGAGAAGAAGACCAUUUCAGUGGAAGGCUGCCUGGCUCAGGUCUUCUUUGUGUUUGCCACUGGUGGCACUGAAUCCUGCCUGCUUGCUGUGAUGGCUUAUGACCGCUAUGUUGCCAUCAGUUCCCCUCUACUCUAUGGCCAGGUGAUGAACAGACAACUGUGUAUUGGGCUGGUGUGGGGCUCAUGGGGCUUGGCCUUUUUGGAUGCUCUCAUCAACAUCCUUGUAGCUCUUAAGUUAGACUUCUGUGAGGCUCAAAAUAUCCACCACUUCAUCUGCGAAUUGCCUUCUCUCUACCCUUUGUCUUGCUCUGAUGUAUCUGCAAGUUUUACCACCCUCCUCUGCUCCAGCCUUCUGCAUUUCAUUGGUAAUUUUCUCCUGAUAGUUUUUUCUUAUAUUCGCAUUUUGCUCACCAUCCUGAGCAUCAGAUCCACCUCAGGUAGAAGCAAGGCCUUCUCUACUUGCUCAUCCCACCUCACAGCUGUGAGCUUCUUUUAUGGCUCAGGAUUACUUCGCUAUCUCAUGCCAAAUUCCGGAUCCACUCAAGAAUUAAUCUUCUCCUUGCAGUACAGUGUGAUCACUCCUAUGCUGAAUCCCCUCAUCUACAGUCUGAAGAACAAAGAGGUGAAGGCAGCUGUUAGAAGAAUGUUGAGAAAAUGUUCCUAG